CUCCGCUACUCCGGUAACUGCACACAUUUCACGAUGUUUCGAAUUUCCACACACCACAAAACAAUUGACGAGUUGCAAACGAGUUAAUUUAAAUCAUGUGACCGUGAACAAGUGUCCAGGCGGCAUAAACUUAUUUAGACUGUGUAAAAAACUGUUAUACGCACGCAUAAAUAAAUAAAAUAAUUUCCUCAAUAAUCAAUAUUUUGGUGCGACAGGUUCGUCGUAAACAGUAUAAACACUUAUUAUUACAUGCUUUAAGUUUUAUGACUGAGUGAACAAUGCGGCGGAAUUUUUAUUGAAUUUUAGAGGUGUUUUAUUGCAGCGUUAAGUCUAUGUUACGAUAAUAUUACAUGUGUAGAGAAGUGUGAUUUUUUUUACGUAACUAGUGGUUUAGUAACAAAUGUGUUACAACUGACAACACUCGUAUCGGGGGCACAUAAAACUGUUUACGAUCGGUUUACUUGAAUCAAAAUGGCGUCGCCCGCCAUCUUGUUAACAUGAGCAGCUAGCGCCAUUUAGAAAUGUACGAUGCCGCGGAUCAAAUAUGCGACCAUCCUUCGGGUCCUGGUCAUCCUGGGGCUUUUCUGUGUGUGGCUGCAGAUCAUGGUGUCCAGCGGGCUGGAGAGGGACGGAGGAUCCACUAAUGGAGUAGAUGUAGAUAGUGAAACGCUAGUAACUCCUGCAAGAGAAGAAUUGAUGAACGGGAACGACACGUCGGAGCAGGUGCUAGCGCUGGUGCCUCAGGAGCUUCAUAAAUAUCUGACCGUACAUCCUAGGAACAAUACUGCAAACUCCACAGACCUACCCAAGAACAUAACAGAGAUCCGUCGCGCCAUCAAACGAUACAACGACGCACAAACCAUCUACAAUGAGGAUAUCUACGGCCCCGUGCUCAACGAUACCGUCAUUAUAGCCAUACAGGUCCACACGCGUCUGACCUACCUCCGCCACCUCAUAGUAUCUCUCGCGCAGGCGCGCGACAUCGAGCGCACGCUUCUCGUGUUCUCACACGAUUAUUAUGACGAAGAGAUCAACAGCUUGGUGCGGACCAUCGACUUUACGAAAGUGAUGCAGAUUUUCUACCCCUUCUCCAUCCAGACGCAUCCGAACGAGUUUCCAGGGGUACAUCCUAACGAUUGUCCGAGGGACGCUAAAUUUGAGCAAGCAAUAAAACUAAAAUGCAACAACGCGCUGCACCCAGAUCUCCACGGACACUACAGGGAAGCCAAGUACACUCAGACCAAACACCACUGGUGGUGGAAAGCCAACAGGAUUUUCAACCAGCUGCAGUGCACAGCUUCCCACACAGGCAUGGUGGUGUUCCUCGAAGAAGACCACUAUGUGGCCGAGGAUUUCCUCCACGUCCUAAACCUCAUGAGGACCACGGCAGACAAGACGUGUCCUCAAUGCGAGCUGCUCUCGCUAGGGACGUACCUCAAGACGUAUCAGUACCAUGCCACGGCUGACAAGCGAAAGAAGCAGCUGACUCUGUCGUACAUCCAGCAAGUGCGGGCAGCUAAUGAGGAGCGACGGAGACGGAAGAUGGAUUCGACGAGCUGGAACUAUCAAGUGUACCCGAAUUUAUACGGGUACACGCAAAAGGUGGAGAUCACACCCUGGCACUCCAGUAUCCAUAACAUGGGCAUGGUCUUCAACAGGACCGUGUGGAACUCUAUCAUGUCUCUGCAGGAUCAGUUCUGCGAAUACGACGAUUACAAUUGGGACUACUCGUUGCUUCAUCUCUCUCAGAACAGAAAGGGACGCGAGAAGUUUAAGGUCAUGAUGAGCAAGGGCCCGAGGGUGUUCCACAUUGGUGAAUGCGGCCUCCACCACAAGAAGUCCAACUGCAACGCGAAUCUAGUCAUCAGCAAAGUACAAAAGCUCCUUCAAACCACGAAGCACCUUCUGUACCCUAAGAGGUUGACGGCGUCCAUCAACCCUGGCGGCGCCAAGCAUAACAAGAAGUUGGUGAAAGGCAAUGGGGGUUGGGGGGACCGAAGAGAUCAAGAGAUGUGCACAAAUAUGACCAAGGCCGAUCGGCAGUUGAAGAAAUACGUGUAUUUUGCAUAAAUAUAGU